AUGAGCUGUAUUUCCCGGUCAAAGUCACAGGUUGUAGACGGCUCUAGACGUCGACGGAAAAACGCUUUGCUCAAAGAGAGCGGUACGUUGGUCCCACUUUGGAUUCUUCUGUCCCAUCUCCAUUGCCACCUUACAGGAAGUACGCCUAUGGCGUCAUCGGACAGCGGCGUUGAGUCCGCAGCAGAAGUUGACUUGACGGAGAUGAAGGCGACUGACUCUCCGAUGUCUCGCGGAGCGUCGUCGCCUCAUGAUCGCUACGAUCUCUUGCUUUGUGGCGAUUGCCAUGCCCAGUUCCCGAUCGCUCAUUUCAGUACAUUCAUUGAGCACAAGGUGUCGAACUGUGGCGGCAAAUCCACACCAUCUGAGGUCAUCGACGAGCGGCCGAGUCGUCGACGAAACUUCAGCCAAGGCACCACUCGCUGCGUACGCUCAUCGUCAGCUAAUCCACUAAUGAUCGACUACCACAUGCAUAACAUGGACGUCACAACUGACACCGACGACCUCGGUAAGAGCAAUCAUGCUUUUCAGAACGUGACCUGCCACUCAUGCAAGCAGCGACACAGCGACAUAUGGGAUCUGCUGAAGCAUUGCUAUACUGCUCAUGGACUGCGAAUCUGCCAGGAAGACCUACCGGACGAGGGCGACGUUUCCUGUACAUCGAACAGUUCGCCGGUCACAUCAGCUGAGUCGACAAUCAUCUCCAACCGAUCGCGUCACCGCCUGCAUCGACUGCAACCAUCGGCGAAGAGCGCAUUCUCGUUGAAUGCAUUCUGCUCAGAGCGAUUGAAGGAAAUAGCUGAGAAGGCUGGCGAGCAAGAAAACAAAUCUAACGUCUCGCUCGAGAAGAAUCUCAAAAGGUACGCUCCCGCUCAGAUUUCUUUUUUUAGCAGAUCUUGUUUACAGAGCAUGUGGAUGCAGCCGUCGGUGUUGUCGGCAAUGCAGGAUUACUACACACAAAUGUCACAGUAUCCCAACCUUUCCACUCUGAACAGUUUUUUCUUUCUCUUUUUGGAAAGUUUUUCCUGGAUCGGUGUUCAAAUUACCCUUCCUUUCUACGAUUUCCGAUUUUUUCCUUGCAGUGAUGAGCCAUCCGCGUUCACACCGAAUCCAGCGCGACCAGCUUCCGUGGUGCGAAGACGACAAUCCCCGGAAGACUCGGCUCCACCGAAGAAAAAUCCUCGCACUGAAGAUGAAAGCGAACAGUUGAUCGUCGUUGACGAUGGUGAACUCGCCGAACCGGCCGCUCGACGUCAAGUGAACGUGAAGAAGGAGCGCUGUAGCUUUUGCAGCAAGGUGUUCACGAAUCGUUCGAAUCUGAUCGUGCACCUACGUAGCCAUACUGGCGAGAAGCCGUACCAGUGCAAACUGUGCCCAUACGCAUGUGCGCAAAGCUCGAAACUCACGCGACACAUGCGCACGCAUGGUCAGCAGGGCAAAGAAACCUAUCGAUGCUACAUCUGUCAAAUGCCGUUCUCCGUUCACUCAACACUGGAGAAGCACAUGAGAAAGUGUGUGGUGAACAAUAGCCAAUCGACAGCUCGAGACGGUUCUCCAGCAGCAGAUCGACCUCGUCCGACACCAUCGGCUCUAGCAGAUGCAACUUCUUUGCUGGCUCUUUCGAAUCCGCCGCAACCUCCACCAUCUUCUUUUCAGGCGUUAAACGUCUCUCAUGCUCCCGUACCUCAACCAAUGGCUUCAGUUGGAUCCGUUGGUGCCAAGGAGGAGUUCCAGGAAGUUGACGAGGAUAUGGAAGAUUCCGAAGCUUCUGAGCUGAAUGAAAGGCUCAAGAAGGUACGCGUAUCUCCGGUUUCAGUGUUUCAGUGA